UCGAUUGGCUGUGUGAGGUCGCCCACGGAGAUGGCUGAACACAAGCUGAAUGGGCAGGACCAUCACUGUCGGAUCUCAGACAUCUCCAGCAUGCUGGCGGGAGAAUCGGGGGCAGCGGACUCAUUGGAGAAGGCUGGAUCCCAGCCCCUGAACUCUGAGCAGCCCAGAGACGGACAGGGACAGAGGAAACCGCGGCGGAAAGACACGCCAGUCCUGCACUCUCCUCCUCUUGUACCGGGGGUCAGACGGAUGAAAGGGGAAAAACGCAUGAUUCACCUGGAGGACGAAGAGAAAGAGGGAAUGAAGUAGAAUUUUUGGGAAGAGCUCUGUUUCAGUCUUCAUUUUAAGCAGAAAUUA